CGCUCGUUGCAGUCGAAUACGUUCUUUUCUCCCAUGUUGCAGAUGGCAUUCUAGCUGCAGAACCUAUCUUCAGCAGACAGAUAAAUCCUUGUGACAAGAUGUUGAUGCCCAAGAAGAAUCGUGUGGCCAUCUAUGAAUACCUCUUCAAAGAGGGAGUCUUGGUAGCUGAAAAGGAUUUCUACCUACCCAAACAUCCACAUAUAGAAGUUCCCAAUCUCCAUGUCAUCAAGGCUAUGCAGAUUGUGCCUGCAACGCUGAAGAGGGCCACUCGUCCUGAAAGCAUGAGGCCGAGACAACCUCCCAUGCGUGGUGAAUCUGGGAUGUCAAAACCAAGUGAAGAUCGUUCCUCCUAUAGAAGGGCUGCUCUUGGUUCUCCUGACAAGAAGGGGGAUGUAGGCGCAGGUGCAGCCACCAACCUUGAAUUUAGAGGUGGCUUUGGUCGUGGACGGGGAGCACCACCACCAUGAAGUCAUGAUAAUGAAAAGAAACUCUACUCAUUCCAAAUGUGAACAGGAAUGGUGGAAAUAAAUAUUUGGCUCUGAGAGUUGUAACA